UCCACAAAAGAUCUUCCUAGUGUUUACGUCCGGGUGUCAUGGAAAAUGGUAUGGCGUAGGUUCUGCCACUUUGUUCCGUUCUUUGCCGAAAAACUUUCGGAAAAACUUUAUGACGCAAAGGCAAACGUGGUCAAAGCCAGCAGAAUUCGCUUCAUAAAUGUUACGGAACUGUGCAAGGGAAAAGGCAACAAUGCUGAGGCAAUUUUGGAUUUCUUCGUCUCGAAAAGUGAAAAUGACCUUGGUACUGGAGAUGUUGACAGAAAUAUCACGAUUCUUGCUUAUAUUAAAAUGCGUGAUUAUUGGAAAAACAAAAAGAUGGCUCUUUUGGAUCCAGUCUUCAUCGGACAGGUAACGUCAAAUUUGCUUGCAAUCACACUUUCAGCAGCCCAUGCGGUCUCAUCUUUAGAACUGCCUUGUACGGAAUCGCAAAAAAAAAAAAAGAGAAAAGAAAAAAAAUCGUCCUAAGGAAGCACUAUUCGGCUGCAUUCACACUGACUUUGGUUAUUCCACAUAUCAUUUCGACAGGUAGAAAGUGUUGAGAUCUUGGGAAAAGACAAGCCAGACAUCUCAGAGGAUUUUUCAGAAUCAACAAGAAUAGGAAUUGGCAUAACCGUCGCUCUGAUAGUCAUCUUCUUAAUCGCCGCUAUCGCAUUAUGUCUGGUAAGAAUCCCUCUAAUGGACAAAGUUUAG